AAAAAGGUGAAUAUGAGAAGAUUUUCUUCAGUUUUAUUGUCUGUUUAUUUUUGUUUCUGCGGCUUCAUCGGUGCGUGCAGAAGAAUCUGUUUUCGUUCGUCCUUGGUUUCCUUCCUUCUCCUGCAUCACUCGUCAGUCGUCACCAUCCAUCCAUCCAUCCAUCAGAACCCAAAUAUGCCGUCUUGCAUCUGAAUUUAUGUUGUGUAUGGCAUGUCAAAGCCGGUGUCAACAUUUUUGAAUUGAGAGUAGAGAAAGCACACUUUGGUAAAGUCCAAGUCUUCCAAUCGGUCUACUCUCUCCUCUCCGCUGACAACCACCACUUGCCGUCCUCCGCCUUUCCUUCCGCACAGCAGCCAUGUCUUCCAAAUCCAAAUCUAGCUUGUCAGAAACUCCCACCAGCAAAGGCUCGCCCGCCACUCCAAGAGUUGCUAGAAUUAGCCGUAAUGUGACGAAAUCUGACCCUGAUGCCCCCUCUCCAUUGCAAAAUCGUCGCCUCUCCGUUGAUCGCUCCCCACGUACCGUCACUUCAAAGCCAGCUCUUGAUCGCAGGUCACCCAAGGUCCCUGCUCCAGCUGAGAAACCAGCAGCAAAGACUGUGAGGGGGUCUGACCUGCAGUCUCAGUUGAACCUUGUCCAGGAGGACCUCAAGAAAGCAAAGGAGCAGAUUGCUCUGAUUGAAAAGGAGAAGGAAAAGGCAUUGGAUGAGCUGAAGGAAGCACAAAAACUUGCUGAAGGGGCAAAUGAGAAACUCAGGGAUGCUUUGGUGGCUCAAAAGCGAGCAGAGGAAAGUUCAGAGAUUGAGAAGUUCCGUGCUAUUGAAAUGGAGCAAGCGGGAAUCGAGGCAGCGCAGAAGAAGGAAGAGGAGUGGAUGAAAGAGCUGGAAACUGUGAGAAACCAGCACACUUUGGAUGUGGCUGCUCUUCUCUCCACCACUCAGGAGCUCCAGAAAGCUCAGCUUGAUCUAGCCAUGGCUUGUGAUGCCAAGAACCAGGCACUGAGCCAUGCCGAUGAUGCUACUAAGAUUGCUGAGAUUCAUGCUGAGAAGGUGGAGGUUCUCUCGGUAGAGUUGGCUCAGUUGAAGGCCUUGCUUGAUUCAAAGCUUGAGAAUGAGGCUAAUGAGAAUAACAAGGUGCUAAGGGAAGAGGUUGAUUGUCUGAGGCAAGAACUCAACAAGGCUAAAAUCUUUGAGGUGAAGCUGGCAGAGAGAGAGACUUUUAUUGAACAGCUCAAUGUUGAGUUGGAAGCUGCAAAGAUGGCCGAAUCUUAUGCCUGCAGUUUAGUGGAGGAAUGGAAAAACAGAGUCGAGGAAUUAGAGAUGCGUGUCGCAGAAGCGAAUAAAUUGGAGAGAUCAGCUUCAGAGUCGCUGGAUUCAAUGAUGAAACAGUUGGAGCAAAACAACGAUCUAUUGCAUGAUGCCGAAUCUGAAGUCGCUGCUCUGAAAGAGAAGGUGGCUUUGCUGGAAAUGACAAUAGGAAGACAAACGGACGAUCUGCAAAUAUCAGAACAUCAACUUGGUCUUGCGAGGGAAAACAGUUCUGGGAUGGCAACAAUGGUUGAGUCUCUAAAGGUUGAGCUGGAGACUGUGAAGGAGGAGAAAAUGCGUGCGCUGAACAACGAGAAACUUGCAGCUUCUAGCAUUCAGUCUCUAUUGGAAGAGAAAAACAAACUCAUAAAUGAUCUGAAAACCUCCAAGGAGGAAGAGGAGAAGAGCAAAAAGGCAAUGGAAAGCUUAGCUUCAGCCUUGCAUGAGGUGUCAGCUGAAGCGAGGGAUGCCAAAGAAAAGCUCCUAUGCAUUCAAAUCGAGCAUGAAACUUGUGAGGCCCAGAUGGAGGAUCUUAGGUUGGUGUUGAAAGCCACAAAUGGGAAGUACGAAACUAUGCUUGACAACGCAAGACAAGAGAUGGAUCUUCUCACCGCUGCUUCUGACCAAUCCAAAAAUGAGUAUCAGAAAGCCAAGGCCGAGUGGGAGCAAAAGGAACUUCAUUUGGUGGACUGUGUGAAACAAUCAGAAGCAGAAAAUAAUGCCGUGCAGGGAGAAAAGGACAAGCUAGUAGAUCUGCUAAAGCAGACCGAGGAAGAAGCUCAUGCUGCAAAGGAGGAAGAAGCUUGGCUGAAGGAUAAUCUGAAGAAAGUUGAAGCUGACAUCAGCUACUUACAGGUCUCUCUUGGAAAAGCAGAGGCUGAGAACAUGGAACUGAAAGGAGGUUUACUGGAGAAAGAAAAUGAGCUGCACGGACUUCUUCAUGAAAAUGAGGAGCUUCGAACCAGGGAAGCAGCCUCCCAUAAGAAGAUUGAGGAGCUGUCUAAGCUGCUAGAAGAAGCUAUGGCAAAACACCAACAUGUGGAAAAUGGUGAUCUCACAGAUAGUGAGAAAGAGUAUGAUUUGCUCCCCAAAGUGGUUGAGUUCUCUGAAGAGAAUGGGCAUGGAGGAGAAGAGAAGCACAAAAUGGAGAUUCCACCAGAAGAUGAGGAGCACAAGAGGGAGAACUCUCAUGAACAGAAUACGGUUGUGUAUGAUGAGGCGGUUCAAGAGGGUACAGCCAAGAUAGAGGGUGUCAAUGGAGAAAAGGAGGAACGCAGCAAAGACAAAGAAGAGGAUUCAGUAGAGGUUGAGUAUAAGAUGUGGGAAAGUUGCAAGAUUGAAAAGAAAGAGUUUUCACCUGAGAGGGAAGCAGAGCGGGAAUCAUUUGAAGAGGAAUUAGAUGCAAAAGCAGAUUCUCGUGAGAGCUUUGAUCAAGUGAAUGGGACGAACUCAUUGGAAAACAUGGAAGACGGUGGAACAUCACCAUCCAAGCAGCACAGCCAGAAGAAAAAGAAACCGCUGCUCAGAAAAUUUGGGAGCUUACUCAAGAAGAAGGGUGCUAGCAGUACAAAAUAAGUGAUCUAAAGAUUGAUUGGUUGGCAGGUAUAUUGUAUCAUUGUACUGCUUCAUGCUUGAACCUGAUUGUUUAAUUUCUUUUGCUUCCAAUUUCCUGGCAGCUAGAAAUUGGAAGGUAUUUUAGCAUCUGCUCUUGUUUCUUCCAUCCUUUCUUCUGGCUCCCUUCGAUUGUGGUAAGAUUUUUUUCUAACCUUCUUUUUGAACUUCUAAUCGCACUUUUAUCAGAUAAAGUGGGAGGGGAAGUGGUAAAACUGGAAUGUACUUUUUUUUUUUUCCUUCUUUUAUAACUGUGCGAUCUUCUACUGUCAAUGGAUAGGAUUGUCAUAUCUUGCAGGGAACUCUUUUGUGUCCAUUUAUUGUUGUUCUAUAUGAAUGUAUGCCCAUAUCAAUGUUA